UAUAUGUAUGAUGUAUGUCCCUCUAUUGAUAGAUUUUCGAAAACUAGAAAAGAGAAAUACUUGCAGACGACGACAUCUUCUAUGUUUCUCCCUGCAAAUUCGAACAUGGCGUCAUCAUUGGAACAUUUUGUAAAUUCUGUUCGUAAUCUUUCCGGCGAAGGAAGUUGGAGAGAACUCUACGAGUUCUUAGGAAAAUCUCCAGAUGUGCUCAUGAGGAAUUCCGAACAUUUAGACACCGUUCUGGAUACACUUGACCCGCAACAACACAGUCUUGGUGUUUUAGCCAUUUACAUGGUGAAGUUUAUGAUUUUGAACCAAAGUGCAGUCCAAAAUCAAGGAAUACUAGUUCCUGAACCAGAAAUCCUCAUUAACCAAGUCAGUCAGUUCAUUACAGUUUGCAAUGGUGAACAAAUACGGUGUGCUCCUGAUUCAUUUGCUGAGCUGUGUAACCAGUUUACCCAAUGCCUAGUGGAGCAAGAGAUGCCUGCCAGGGGCAUUGUUCCUCUUUCCAAAGCCAUACGCAAAGCUAGAAUGAAUGAAACUCAGUUAACUUCUAUCCACACGAACCUUCUUCAACUGUGUCUCAUGGCACAAAAUUUAAAACCGGCAUUAGAAUUUUUGAAUGUUGAUAUAUCUGAAAUCAAUUCUGAGAAUGGUUAUUUUGAUGCCAAACAUUUUCUGCUGUAUUAUUAUUAUGGUGGAGUUAUCAAUAUGGCUUGCAAAAACUUCGAACGGGCCUUAUAUUCAUUCGAAGUCGCUCUGACAACACCGUCUUCAGCUGUUUCUCACAUCAUGCUAGAAUCGUACAAGAAGUAUAUACUCGUAUCACUCAUCCUCCACGGAAAGGUGGCACCCCUUCCCAAAUACACGUCUCAAGUGGUUAAUCGGCUCCUGAAACCCAUGAGCGCCAUCUAUCAUGAAAUAACUACGGUGUUUGCGACCAACAAACCGACAUCGCUGGAACUUGUCCUCCAAAAACACCGAGACGUGUUGCAGCGAGAAAACAACUGGGGUUUGGCCAAACAAGUACAACAAUCACUCUACAAGAAGAUUAUACAGCGAUUGACGCAAACUUUCUUGACACUUUCGCUCAGCGAUAUGGCUCUACGAGUUCAACUGCCCAACGUCGUGGAAGCGGAAAAACUGGUCUUGACCAUGAUUGAGGACGGAGACAUCUAUGCCAGUAUUAGCCAGAAGGACGGCAUGGUAUUGUUUCACGACAAUCCGGACAAAUACGAUAGCACUAGCACUGUGGAACGCGUUCAGAAGGAGGUCAACAUUUGCAUUGAGCUGGACAUGCAGGUGCAGAAAAUGGAGGAAGCAAUUUGCACGAACCCAGUUUUCGUGAAGAAGGCGUCAGGUGCCAUUGAUGAGGACGAUGGAGGGAGGAGUUCCGCUACUUCAGCGCUUCAGGGUGCAGCAACCAAAGUCCCCUCCUUCUCCAUGUGAUUACCUUUCCCAUAACGUCUCGAUAAAUAUCUGGUUACGCAUUUGUUAAAGUGAGGAAUUCAUACACAGAUUGAAAAUCAUAA